AUUUUUUUUUUAUAUUCAAGAAAAAAAAAACCGCCCUUUUUUUUUCUUCUUUAUUCUCAAAAUGAAGUUUGGUGAGCACCUACAACAAGAAAUUUUUCCACCAUGGCGCUUGUCCUAUAUUUCCUAUGACAUGCUUAAAAAAGAACUAAAAACUCGACAAGCUGACCAUAAAUGGAACGGCGAAGACGAAGACGAAUUUGUUAGAAAACUCGAGAACGAAUUAGAAAAAGUAUAUGAUUUUGUGUCAGCAAAAUUAGGUGAAGUAGAAGCUAGAAUCAGUUAUUGUGAACGUACAAUUCAAACGUUUAUCAAUAACCCUACUUGGUCCUCAGAUCAAAAUUGGACCAUCAUGGACGAUGCAUUAACAGAAGUUUUGUUUGAUGUUAACGACUUGGCCAAAUUCACUCGAUUGAAUUACAUUGGCUUUCAAAAAAUCAUUAAAAAACACGACAAAUGGACUGGACUUAACCUUAAGCAAGAUUUUAUUCCUCAACUACGAAGCAGACCAUUAGAUAAACAACGAUUCGAUGUAGCCAUUGUCUUUAUUUCAGCUCUUCACGAGUUGUGUAGACAAAGGGGAAAACCUCGUCCACAAAGCUCUUUAAGUGCUGCAGAUUCUACUAUUUCUUCUGAUGAAAAAGGCACAACAAAAUACUGGAUUCACCCCGACAAUAUUACUGAAGUCAAAUCCAUCAUCAUGCUUCACUUGCCUGUUUCUAUUUUUAAUAAGGAAAAACGCUAUGAAGCUUCUGAUUCUGCUGUUUCUAGUGUCUACCUUGAUAAUGACGAGUUUGGUCUUUACACCAGUCUUUUACAAAGAGACGAGGGCGGAGAAGCUAUUCGCUUUAAAUGGCAUGGUCCUACUACAGCCAAGGAAGUGUAUGCUGAACGCAGCACGCACAAAGCAAACUGGGUAGAUGGUGCUUCUAUUAAAGAUCGUAUUCCACUCUUGAGUGAAGACGUACACAAGUUCAUUAGCUGCAAGCUCACUGCUGACGAAUUUGCUAACCGACUCGGAUCUAAAGGCCUCGAUUCUAAAUUUGUUGAAGAUUGUAAAUUCGUUGCCGCGGGUGUUCAACAAUCGAUCAAAGAAAAACACUUGAAUCCUGUUUGCCGAGUCUUUUAUAACCGUACAGCAUUUCAACUGCCUGAUGACCCUACUGUUCGCAUCAAUAUCGAUAACGACUUGACUUUUAUUCGUGAAGACAAUUUUGAUGGUCAAAUUCGUAGAGCACCUAACGAAUGGCGUCGUUCAGAUGUUGGCAUUGACUAUCCUUUUAGCUAUUUGGAUGAAACUGAAGUUUUGCGCUUUCCCUAUGCUGUCUUGGAAUCCAAGAUUGAAAAGAAAACACCUUCAUGGCUCAAAAAAUUGUUAGAAUCUCACUUGGUACAUGAAGUGCCUCGUUUCUCUAAAUAUUUGCAUGGUGCUUCUUACUUAUUCCGUGAUCGCAUUCCUUUAUUGCCUUGGUGGUUAUCCGAGAUGGAAAUAGAUAUUCGCAAGCCUCGUAACACUAAUUUUGGUUUGACUCGAUCUAAAUCGUUUAAGCCUUUAAUUGAUGGUCAAUACCGUCGUGCAAUGGAAGCUGAAGAAUUGCGUAUGGAAAUUGUUCAAGAAUCAGCUCAGCAAGUCAGAAGAAGUAUGGAUUCUUCUCACAGUGGACAAUCAGAUGAACGAUAUGUACAAAGCAAUAUGUUCAAUCCCAACAAGCAAUUCAUGUAUGUGAACACAAAUGGCUUGAAUCGAGCCGACACGACAGUAUGGGAUAACAGACCUCAUCGUAUGAAAUCAACACUUGUUCAUAAGGGUGAUGAUCCUCUUAAUUAUGGUCCCUUGAGCGAAAAACGCAUCAAGCGCAAAGACAGAGAAGCAGGCAAUUUGGGUGAAGCUAUUGUAUUUUCUCGUGGUGAUAUUCGUUUAGAUAUAGACCCAUCUAGCAGUGCUGCUAGACGACUGUUUGAAAGUUCUGGCAUGUAUGUCAAAGACCCUAAUGAUCCCAACGGUAUUAUUCCUGUUAAGAAAGUCAAGGUUGAACCCAAGGUCUUCUUCUCAAAUGAACGUACUUUUAUUUCUUGGCUUCAGUUCUGUGCUUUGUUGCUGACUGUUGCUUUGAACUUGCUUAACUUUGGUGACCAAGUGUCACGUAUUGCAGGUGCUUUGUUUAUUGGUAUUUCUGCUGCUGUUGCAAUUUAUGCAUUGUUCCAAUUCGAAAAGCGUGCUUGGAUGAUCAAUCGCCGUAUUGUUGGUCGUUAUGACGAUCUUUGGGGUCCUGCUGUUCUUUGUGUUCUUUUAGUGGGUGCUUUGGUUGUGAAUUUCUAUCUUCGUUUCCGUUAAAUCUUGUGGUUUCUUUAUAUCUUAUCAGCAUGCACUUGUAUAUAUAUAUAUUUAAGUAAAAUACCUCUU